AUGUCAAUUCCAUCUACUCAGUACGGAUUUUUUUAUAAUAAAGCUAGUGGUCUUAAUUUGAAAAAAGACUUGCCGGUUAACAAGCCAGGUGCUGGUCAAUUGCUUUUAAAGGUUGAUGCAGUUGGCCUUUGUCAUUCAGAUUUACAUGUUCUCUAUGAAGGUUUGGAUUGUGGUGAUAAUUAUGUGAUGGGCCACGAAAUUGCUGGGACUGUUGCUGAACUAGGUGAAGAGGUGAGUGAGUUUGCAGUUGGAGAUCGUGUCGCUUGUGUCGGCCCCAAUGGAUGUGGUCUUUGUAAACACUGUCUUACUGGUAACGAUAAUGUUUGUACCAAGUCGUUUUUGGAUUGGUUUGGAUUGGGUUACAAUGGAGGUUACGAGCAAUUUUUGUUAGUCAAGAGACCAAGAAACUUGGUCAAGAUCCCUGACAAUGUUACUUCCGAGGAAGCUGCAGCUAUUACGGAUGCCGUAUUGACUCCUUACCAUGCUAUCAAGUCUGCAGGUGUUGGUCCAGCAAGUAAUAUAUUAAUUAUCGGAGCUGGUGGAUUAGGAGGUAACGCUAUUCAAGUUGCAAAAGCAUUUGGUGCGAAGGUUACUGUUUUGGAUAAAAAGGAUAAGGCAAGAGACCAAGCUAAGGCCUUUGGAGCUGACCAGGUUUACAGUGAAUUACCAGACAGCGUUUUACCUGGGUCAUUCAGUGCUUGUUUUGAUUUUGUUUCGGUUCAGGCAACAUACGAUUUGUGUCAAAAGUAUUGUGAGCCAAAGGGUACUAUUGUUCCCGUAGGUCUAGGUGCAACUUCGCUUAACAUAAAUCUUGCUGAUUUAGAUCUUCGUGAAAUUACCGUCAAGGGCUCAUUCUGGGGUACCCUGAUGGAUUUAAGAGAAGCAUUUGAAUUGGCUGCACAGGGAAAGGUCAAACCAAAUGUUGCUCAUGCUCCAUUGUCAGAAUUGCCUAAGUAUAUGGAGAAGUUGAGAGCCGGUGGUUAUGAAGGAAGAGUCGUGUUUAAUCCAUAA